AUGAGCAGCUCACAACCUCUACUUGACGGACAAAUCGAACCGGACGAGACUGCUGUAGAAAAUCAUCAGACGCCAAGUAAUACAACCCGUCCUCCCGUUGUACUAACUCCAACUACCCGGGAAAAUUAUGCAACCUCUCCCAGCAACGCAGAGUCAGGCAUUGCAGGUAUCUUCAAGGCGUCCUCCCAUCCGCUCGCUCUUUUCGCCCUCUUUAUCUUCCGCAUUGGAGCUAUCGCGGUCUAUCUACUGUCUGGUUUCGUAACAGACAACUAUGUACUUGCCGUUGUCGUGGUUGUGGUGUUACUCUCCAUGGACUUUUGGAACUGCAGGAAUGUUGCUGGAAGAACACUUGUAGGUUUGCGUUUUUGGAAUCAAGUAGACGACGACGGAGAAAGCUACUGGGUGUUCGAAAGCCGCGACCCUUCUCAUCCAGUAAACGCGAUUGACUCGAGGAUGUUCUGGAUCGCGAUAUAUGUGUUUCCUGUUCUUUGGAUCGCCUUGUUCAUCGUCUCGCUUUUGAGACUCAAACUCGAAUUUGUCCCCAUUGUGUUGUUGGCGCUGGUGUUCAAUGUCACCAACGCUAUCGGAUUCACUUAUGCAGACCGCGACGCAAAGCAACGCUGGGCUAGCAGUGUUGUCAGCUCUAGUUGGAGCCUGGGCUUUGGGGGAAUCGGCAGCCAGUUACUCUCAGGUGCCGUCCAAAAGGGUGUUGGCCGAGUGUUUGGAGCUUAG